UGAGGAAGAUGAAAUAGCAUUCAUGUCAUCUGAUUCUUAUGAUGAUUAACAGUAAAAUGGUGACUAGAGGCAGGGGUAGAAAGAAUAAAACUCAAGUAAGCGGAAGUUCUAGUCGUUUUGCACAAGUUGUUGUUGAUGAUCUUACUUCUAAUCCAUCACAUUUUGUCAAUGGUCAUGGACUGCAAUCCACACCUCUUAUUGCACCUUUAAUUGAUGGAUUGCAAUCCAAUGCACCACCUCAUGGAUCACAAUCCAAUGCUCCACCUAAUCAUGUUGCAUCUAUAUCUUAUGGACUCCAAUCUGAUGCACCUUUGUUAAAUACACCACUUGAUGAUCAUGUUGAAGAAGCUGUAGAAGUUACUGUUCAAUCACUUCAUGAAUCUAUCACUACUUUAACUAAACAAACAAAAAGGAGGGGGCCUAAUAGAGGUAGAGCUCUACCAUCUGAUCCUUCCAAGAGGAUCAAAUUGAAUGUUAUAAGUGGGAGGUAG